AUCAUUAUUGUUGGUGGAACGAUAAAGUUCAUCGUUCUCAGAAUCGACGCCAUAUUGUUUACUUUUAAGAAAAAGUUUCUUCUAUUCUUUUUGUAGAAUUUUAGUUUUUUUCUUUCUCCCGAAUUCAACUGACUAACAAGUGAUUCUCAUUGUUGAAACUAAUUGUGAUUGCAAUCACUGCAAUCGCCAUAGCAAUUAACCAAUUCACCAUGAGUUUAAUUGUCUCCAAUCAGUUUAACAAGUCAAAUGUAUUAACAGUGACUUGUUGCCUUUUAAUUGUUUGCUAUUUAAUUCAAAUUGUUCAUCUUGCUGAUAAACUUGAUGAUUUCGUUGAAUCAGGUGCCGUUGAGGGAAUUCCUUGUGUUUCCAAUGGUAAAUUUUAUCGAAAUCCGGAGCAAAUUGGAAUUCGAGAUUGUGCCAAAUACUAUUGGUGCCCUCGGGGUAAAGUUCUUGAGUUCCGUUGUUCAUCUGGACUUUGGUUUGACAUCGAUCGGCAAAUUUGUGACUUUAAAUCAAAAAUUAAUGCGCAAAAUUGUGAAAAAUCACAUGAUGCAUCAACUCCUCGUCCUCUUUUGGCAACUGAAAGUCCAAUUUGCCCAGAAGGUCAAUUAGCUUGUGCCGAUCGGAAAUGUCUUAAUCGCGACGUUUUUUGUGACGGUACCGUUGAUUGUAAUGAUGGUUCAGAUGAGUCUUGGUGUGACCCAGAAAACGAUCCAAAUUCACCUGCCCGAUGUGAUCUGAAUAACUGUACAUUACCAGAUUGUUUCUGUUCCAUUGACGGGACCCGAAUACCAAAUGACCUGAAGCUUGAAGAGACACCGCAAAUGGUUAUAAUCACUUUCGAUGAUGCGGUUAACAAUGAAAAUUGGGAAAUCUAUCAAUCCAUUUUCACACCAAACCGAACCAACGCCAACGGGUGUCCAAUAAGGUCAACUUUUUUCCUCUCUCAUGAAUAUACCAACUAUCGACAUGUUCAGAAACUUUGGAAUGAUAAUCACGAAAUUGCCGUUCAUUCAAUUACACAUCGACAACCUGAACUUUGGUGGACUUUCAAUGCUACAAUCGAAGAUUGGUUCGAUGAGUUCGCAGGAAUGGCCAAUAUAAUUAACAAAUUCGCUGGUAUUCCCUUAGAGGAAUUAAGAGGAACUCGAGUUCCAUUCUUGAGAAUUGGUUGGAAUACUCAGUUAAUUAUGAUGAGAGAAUUUGGUUUCCUUUAUGAUUCCUCGAUGGUUCCACCCAAAUCAGAUCCUCCGAUUUGGCCUUACACUUUCGACUUCCGUAUUCCUCAUAAAUGUGCCGGUUCUCUCCAGAAAUGUCCAUCUCGUUCAUUCCCAGGAAUGUGGGAAAUGGUCAUGAACCCACUGGACAUUGAGGGACAUACUUGUGCUAUGGUCGAUUCGUGUCCAACUCAUUUAUCCGAGGAAGAACUAUUGGCCAUGUUCUUGGACAAUUUCAAUCGCCACUAUCGAACCAAUAAAGCACCGUUUGGAUUGUUUUUCCAUACGAUUUGGUUCAAGGAUAAGAAAAAUUUCAAGGUUUUCCUUCAAUUCAUUGAUGAACUCAUCAAGAAGCCCGAUGUUUACAUUGUCACCAACUAUCAGGCCAUCGAAUGGAUGAGGACACCGACACCAUUGAGCCAAUUGAACAAUUUCGAACCCUGGAAAUGCCAGAAAAACAUUGAUCCAAAUUUAGUUGCUUGUAAUCAUCCGAAAUUGUGUAAAUUACAUAGUCGCCAUUUAAAAGGUGAAAGAUAUUUGCACACUUGCUUUGAAUGUCCAGAGGUUUAUCCAUGGGUCAAGAAUGAAUUUGGACUUGAAUUCAAAUAGAACAAUUAACAAUGUAAUUUUCAUUCGAUUGCUAAUUAACUUCAACAA